AUGCGUGUCCUACUGGCAGACGAACCGGGCUUUCAUGAAGGACUUGUCCAAGCCGAUUCAACUGCUAAGCCUCAGCUACCUCGUUCUCCACCUAUUUGGGCUGGGUCCCGCCAGGAAAUAUGUGAAAAUCUGGAGUAUUUCCGCAGCUACCAGGGUGGAGUGUACUUUAAGAACGAUAUUGUCAGGGGUUAUCUUCUUGGUGCUUUUGCGGCUAGCCGAGACCUAUUCUGUCAUGAUGGGAAACUCAUAAUCUCGCAUGGAGGUGGAAAGUCUGAAAACUUUGUGGGUUCAAAGGAAGGCCGUCAGUUGCGAUCAGCUCAGGAUCAAACUACGUCAGACACAUCAGUGCGUGCACUACUGCGAAACUACAAGGAAGGACGGCCACUUGUCCUCCUUGCCGAUGACCAGUAUACACUUUUCCCAUAUGAUCUCAGUGCCUCUGGAUAUACAUAUGUUGUGCUUGGCAUAUACUGGAUAUCCCAUGCUUGGGCUGAGUGUCAACCAACACUCACUAAUUCCGGUUGUGUCAUUCGCUGGAAGUUUGCUUUCCAAUGGUGUGAGGACCAGGGCUCUCCAUGGUGGCUAACUCCAGAGGGUGUUGUGGCAUCAUUGCCUGAGCCUUUGGUUGGCGAAACAGAUCCUGAUUUUCACUGCACACAGUGUUUGUGGGAGAGCCCAGUUGUUUACAAGCAAAGUGGGAUGUGUUUGAUUCCUGGUUGUGCCGGGUUUUGGAAAAUCAAUGGGAAGGAACCUAAAUCCCUUGAAUAUUCUGUGGAGUUCUUGAGGUUACAGCCAAGAACAUUUGAAAUUCUGCCCACUUUGACUCCUGCUGCUGGUACCCACCAGAUUACUUCAUCACUUUCCUGCCCAGGCUGGCACUGCACUGAUUGUGGACGACUUUCAAGCAGGUUUAAAUGGGAAUGUUGGGAAUGUGCUCACUGUCAGGCUAACCAACCAAUCAAGUGGGAGAUAAGACAUGCAAAGGAUUUUUGGCACUUGCGUCCUACCAAUUACUUCACAGAUCUUCGCAUUGCCAGGAAAUCAGGUAUCACCAAAAGCCUGCCAUAUGUCAUUGACAUGGGUGGAGGCAGAGGUUUCAUGACUAGACAGACAUUUGUUCUGCCAUCUGACAGAGGCAAGAUACACCUCAUCACUACUGGCCCCCUGUCAAAUAGAGAAGUGGAUGAGAUAUUUCAGGGCUACCAAAAACAGGCAUCUUGUGGUGAGUUGAAACUUCAACGAUACCCCCUGAGAUCAGUGAGGCUCUUUCAUCCUGCUAUUCGGGGAACACUCUUGGCAAAUUAUUUUUCCCAAAACUCAGGUGAACCAUAUAAGUAUGUAGGAGAAACAGCAAACUCUGUGCCACUUCAUGAAGCCCCAAAUUGUGUCCAAGCAGCUUUGGAUGUGAUCAAGAAGAGAGUGGAUCUGGCUGUAAACCAAAAAUCACAGUUCAAUGAGGUUCUCACUGCAGCCUAUCUGGCACACCAGAAGAUGUCUUUCCAUAGUGAUGAUGAGAAGGGCCUGGGACCCAUAGUUGCUUCCCUUUCUUUAGGUUCUCCUGCAGUGAUGCAUUUCCGCCACCACACAAGUGGAGCAGCCCAGAACCAUCCAAAUGAAAUUGUCAUGUCAUUGAUUCUUCGUCAUGGGAAUGUUCUUGUUAUGGAAGGGUGUGGUGUACAAAUCCACUAUGAGCAUACUGUCAUUCCAACUGACUUUCGCAUUGCUGCAACUGCUCGUUGGAUUAACCCAUCUUGA